GCCUUCUCCUACUUCCCCCCCCCCCUCCAGUACUCGUAACUGCCGUCUGCGUCUGCGCGGGAGACCAGGACAAGUCGCCGUAAAGCGUGAGUUAAAGUAAGGGGGGGCUAGACUAGUCUGAAUGUUUUGAUUCCGUGCGCAAGCCGUGUGCAAGUUUCUGCCAGCGUGAAUGCGUGUUAAACUGAGAAACAGUGUGCGCGCAGACUUGAGUUAGUUGAACGUUUGAAUGAAAGUAUAGAUAGUUGCAAUAACACGUUGCAAAUGACUGGUGGCGUUUAGUAAACGCCACUGGAAAACGAGUGCGAGUUACAGGCGGAAUUUUUCUUCGACACGUGUGAAGUGAAGUAAGUCGCCAUGUUUGAUGUAUUUGGCUCGGUCAAAGGGCUCCUGAAGCUGGACUCGGUAUGUAUAGACAAUAAUGUGUUCAGACUUCAUUACAAAGCAACUGUGAUUAUUUUAAUUGCCUUCUCUCUUCUCGUGACAUCUCGACAGUACAUUGGCGAUCCUAUCGAUUGUAUCACGGACGAAAUUCCAUUGCAUGUAAUGGACACGUACUGCUGGAUCUAUUCGACGUUUACGAUACCCAACCGGUUGAAUGGGAGGGUGGGUGUGGACGUUAUCCAACCGGGAGUUUCAAACCACGAAGGUGAAGAAGUCAAAUACCAUAAAUAUUAUCAGUGGGUAUGUUUCGUCCUGUUUUUCCAAGCAAUAUUGUUUUACAUACCACGUUACUUAUGGAAGACUUGGGAAGGCGGUCGGAUAAAGAUGUUAGUACUCGACUUGAACUGCCCGAUGGUGACCGAAGAUUGCAAGACGGAUCGAAAGAAUCUUUUGGUCGAGUACUUCGCAUCCAACUUGCACACGCAGAACUUCUACGCCAUAAGAUUUUUCAUCUGCGAAGCGUUAAACUUCGUCAACGUCGUGGGUCAGAUAUUUUUCAUGGACUUCUUCCUCGACGGGGAGUUCUCGACGUACGGCUCGGACGUGGUGAAGUUCACUGAAAUGGAGCCUGAGGAACGAGGGGAUCCGAUGGCAAGAGUUUUCCCUAAAGUGACCAAGUGCACUUUCCACAAGUUCGGUCCUUCAGGAAGUGUGCAGAAGUUUGACGGUCUGUGUGUGCUACCACUGAACAUCGUUAAUGAGAAAAUUUACGUGUUCCUGUGGUUCUGGUUCGUUGUGUUGUCUAUUGUCACCGGGCUUUCUCUCUUGUACCGGAUUAUCGUCUGCUUCGGGUCGGAUGUUCGAAUGUAUCUCCUUCGUGCCCGAUCACGUCUGGCGCCGCACGAAGAAAUCGAAGCCAUAUCCCGCAAAUGUCAAAUUGGCGACUGGUUCGUGUUGUACCAGUUGGGUAAGAACAUAGAUCCUCUCAUCUAUAAAGAACUUGUUUCUGAUCUAGUGAAAAAACUGGAAGGCAAAGAACAAGUAGUGUAGUUGCAGUUUUUAGACGCAGUUUUGUGUCCGCAGUCAGCGUUUCAUGUUUUCCUCCCCUUUAUGUCGUGGGGAAAAUUUAUGUAAACUUUAUUUUGAAGGAUGGUGAAUGCAGAAACAUUUGCAAACCGAGCAAUGUCGGUGAACAUUCCUAAGUUCUUUGAGGUUAGCUAGAUAAUAAACAUGAAUUGCGGCUUCAUACUAUUUCGAGAGUUGAAUAAUGCCUUCAGUAAGUUAUAAAAGUGUCACUUUUUGGCCUUAUUUUUAAGGUUUGCCUUGCAGUACCAUAACGUUCGUUAAUAUUUACAUGUUGUACUUUGUGGCGCGUAAAUGUGACCUUACGCUAAAAUAAAGCUGGGCAUUCCUUUCAAUCUUGUUAGCCUCGGGCAAGAAGUGAUACAAAAAUUUCCUGUGAUUAUUUAGAAGACUGGCUUAUUGAAAUCACAUUUGCAUUAUAUUGUAAAUUUUUGUUUUCAUGUAAUGGAUACAUCAAACCAACGUUGAUAAUACUAAUACUGCUUCUUGGUGUAAAAAAAAAUAUUUUUGUUGACACGGUAACUUAUUGAGCUUGUAGUCUACUAAUCAAUUAUUUAAAAAAAAAUAUUUGCAGCCAUAUUUUUCAUUACUUAUUCAUAUCGGUUUUAAUUAUUAGAGCAUUUAAACUGAAUUAAGAAAAAAAAUUACUUUGCAAAAUAAAUUUUAAUUUGCAGUCAGUAGUGACUUGUCAAAAUUAGGUGUAUGAGCUGACAACAAAUUUUAUUUGGGUUGCAAAGAAUAUAAUUAGCUGUUAUGUCAACAAAUUAAUAUUUGGCUAUUGUGAGAACAUUAUUUUGUGUAUAUAUAUGUUUAUUUAUUUUUCUGAAGUCAUUCGGCCUAAAAAUUUAAUCAAGAUCUUUAAUACAGCUUUUGUUAUAAAAAGAAUGAUGCCGGUUACAAUAGUCAGUAAUUUUAAACUUAAUUGCUUUUAACUAUUAUGAAUUUUUGGUAUAUGAAUAUCAGUUAACAGUAAAGGAUGACAACCUAAAAAUAUUUCACAUUACAAUUUUUAGGUGUUUAUUCAGACAGCAUUCCAUACAUAUCUGUCGUGUGAAGUUGAAUUUGUUGAUAUUAGCCUACUUUUAUCUGAAAUAGCUAGAAAGAAAUGAAAAUGCUAUUACUAUUGUAUAAAAAUUGUUUUAAAGGCAUGUGAUUAUAGGUUUUUGUGAGUACAUUGUUUAUUAUUUUAGAAAGACCAAAUAUUUUAGUUUACAUCUCCAAUAUAGUAAUGGAGAAUGUGCAAAAGCCACUGGUCUGUUCCGUAUGGUGAAAAUUUUUGUUUUUGAUAUUUGCACAAGUUUGGAUUUAUUUGCCACUGGCUUUACUUAGUAAUGUGAUACACAAGGGCUUGAAAUAGUUUAAAUAUGUUAGUGCCUUAAGGCAAGUUAGUAGGGCCAAACAACAUUGAUGAUGCUUUUACAAUACUGUAUUACUAUAAUGUUCAAAUAAGUCCAGCUCAAGUGUAAUGCAUUCCAAUUUUGGGACCAAGGUUUUUUCUACAGUAACAAGAUUCCUGGUGUAUGUAUGUAUGUAUGUAUGUAUAUAUAUAUAUACACACACAUUCAGUAUUGUCCAUGUGCUGGUGUAGCCUUCCUAAGGGUGUUGCGAUCGUUGGAGGGGAAUGUGACACUUGCCAGCCACUAGAUAAGUUGUCUGUCAAAUGAAGCCAUGUUUUGAACAGAAAGAAGAUUGUUGGGCCUAAACCAUUUUGUCUGGUGCCAUGUUACGUGAAAGAACUAAGGCUGUUUACUAUCUGCUGUGCCUUACAUUUAACAGAGAGAAUGGAUUCACAUCUAUACAUAAACAGUAAACUUAACAUUUUUUUUAUAUGAAUUAUUUGUGUAUAUGGCUGGUUUACCAACCAAAAAUGGAAAAUAUGUUUUGGUGUUAGGGUGAACCGUCCUGGUUGCUGAAAUUCUGUGGUGGAGCAUGCAACGAAAGUAUCCAUGACUGUGCCCGGUGAAAAUUUUUUGCACUGUGUAACAAAAGUUUUGCCCAAAUUGUAAUUGGUUUUAGUUAGCCAAGUUAAUCCUAAAGUCACAUUGAGCGAGUUUACUUGUUACUCGCCUGCAAAUCCACUCAUUGACUAACUCGCUCAUUGUAAACACGCUGACUCAUUAACUUGCCCUAGCCUCAAUCCAGUGAAUAAGUCAAACUACUUUCCCCGCCACUAGCUUAUUGUGCUGGAAUUUAUUUGGUUAUAAUAAGUAUCAAUGACCUUACAAGUAUGAAAUUGUUAAGAAAUAGAACAGUAUUGUUUUUGUUUCAUUUAAUUUUAAGUUAAAGUGAGUUAAUUAGACUACAAAACAUGUUUAUGAAAAUUUAAUCUUCAAGAAACUCAAUUGUGUGCCAGUAAAUAUUUUCAGGACAUGCAGUUGACACUCGCUGAGCUAUUGACAUCACACUCACAAACGUGACAGUUUCUUGCUGAGGAGUUCUUAUAUACUGGCCCAGUGUAAUUGAUUUUUUUACUUAAUCCCAUUAUCAUACUAACACCAUCACUUUCGGGUUUAGUUUAGUUUAUCACAUUCAUUAGAUCUUUUUUGAGAGUACAAGUUGCACAAAGAUAAUGUAAAAGUCGUGUUAUAGUUAACUACCAUGAUAACAAUGUAGGUAAGUAAGUAAAUAAACAAUAUUUUUUGUAUGUCCUUUUUCGGAAUUACCUACCUGCUAUGGCAAGCUGUGUGCUUUACCUUGUCGACGUUCACUGAGUUAGUGGAAACUCUUGCACACAUUUCUCAACUAUGCUAGUAAUAUUGUGUAACCGAGGCUUUUUCCCCUUCAGUAAACUUGCUUCAAUUUCACGUAAUUGAAUGCUGAUAAGUAUUGGCUUUUACAAAUUUAUUACCUUUGAUUUUGGUUUGGAAACUCAUUUGUGCACAACCAAAUGGUUUGCUACUGUUGAGAUGUAUUGAUCUAUUAUAUGGAGGGAUUUUGGUGCAAUUAAGCUUUUUUUAAAUUUUAUUUUAUUUUAGUGCUGUGUAGGUAGUUCAUAGUAGAUGUGUUCUAAACUGUGAUAGAAUCUCCUUAUUGUCAUUGCCUAGUGUUUUAUUGCAAUUUGGUGAGGCUUGGUGGAGAGGUUACAAGUCUUUUUAACACCAGGUUUUUAAUUUUAUUUUACAUCCUGAAAGGCAUUUGUUACUAAUCACAGUGCAAUAAUUUGUUUCAGUAUUUGAAAGACUCUAAAUACUAGAUUUUCAAAUUGAAUCUUGGUUGUUCGGAUAUUAUAAAAGGUCAUAGUCUAACUUGUCCAUAUUUUUUGUGAAAUAUUUUUACACUAGUGGCAUACAGAUAAUUGAUACAUUUUUGCAUUAUUAGUUGUAAAUAGGAUUGGGCAGUUACAUCCAGCGCUCAAUUCAGCAGCCCGGACGUUUAUUGAUGCUUAUUCGUAACUUCCAAGUUAUUACAAUCUUAUUUCUUAGGUCACAUCCAGAUGAAACUUUUUCAGUAGUAGAUGUAAGUGUUCAAGAUAAUAUUUGCAGUUUUUUAAGGGCAUUUUUGCCUGUGUUGUAUGUGUAGUCAUAGUGCAUUUGGAUGAACUAUGAUUAUGGUAUUAGCCGUUAAUAACAUUCCAUGCAACUACUACUUGUUUUAUUUACACAUUCAAAUAUUGUGAUGUGCUGUAUUGAUUUUAAAAUAAGCAGUUUUUUUUGUACAAAAGGAGAUGUUCAUAAAAUAAAUUUACAAUGCUUAAUUUAAA